AUGGCGCGCGACGCGCCGAAGAGCGCGAUCCCGGCGAUGUGCGCGCACGUCGCGUUCGGCGUGUGUUACUUUCUCACGGCGCAGCGCGUGUUGGACGCGCGAUUGGUGUCGCCGGAGGCGCAGCCGUUGACGGGCAUGAUUUACGCGAGCGACGCCGCGAGCGCGAGCGCGGGCGUCCUGAUGGCGCGAUUACGCGCGAGAAGAGACGGGCGAGUGACGGCGACGGCGAGGCGCGCGGGAAAGUUCCCGCGCGCGGCGCUGUUGCUGCCGGUGUUUGAUUUGUUUGGGCUGACGUGCGCGUUCGAGGCGAUGCGAGCGCUCGGGGGACCGCUGUACCAAACCAUCUCUGGGUUGCUCAUUCCGCUCUCGGCGUUGCUGUCGAAGGUGGUGCUGAAACGCACGUUCACUAAGGGGCAGAUUGGGGCGAUCGCGGUGGUGAUUUGUGGGCUGGCGGUGAAGGCGAAGGACGUGGCGGACGAGGCGGCGAGGCGCGGGACGGCGAUCGACGCGAGGGGGAUCUUGAUCGCGAACGCGGCGACGGUGAGUUAUGGGUUUCGGGGAUUGGUCAUGGAAUACCUGAGCGCGUCGAAAUCGAGUCUGAGCGGGAACGCGCAGACGAUGCUGAUGGGAACGUGCGGGUUGGCGGCGUUUGCGAUUUACACGCUCGCGAGGACGGCGCGCGAUAUGGACGGGAUGGUAUGGGCGUAUUACAACGCCUCGCCGCGAGAUGUGUCAUCGAUUUUAAAGGUGCACCUAGGAAACAUGCUCAGUCGGGCGUUCAUGGUGAAGAUGAUGAUGGCUGUCGUCGCCAGAGCGGGCGCCACGCAGUUGGCGCUCUCGAACGCGAUUCGCAGCGUCGGCGUCAUCGCGUUUUCGCACGUCUUAUUUUGCUCGGACGACGCGAGACAGUGUUUGAGUUACAAUGGCGCCAUCAGCGCCGUCAUGGUUGUCACCGGCGGUCUCGCGUACGCGAUGAGUGGGAAGCCGAAAACCGCCGCCGCCGCCGCGCCCAAAACGGCUCGCGCGAGAAAAACCACAGUCGCCGUCGCGCGCGCCGACGCAAAACCGACAGCGUCACCCUCUUCGACCGUCCGUCGCCGCUCCGCGCGUCGAGGAUCGUGA